GAAUUGAACCUACUGGGAAAAGAAAUUCCAAACCAUUAGGAAGUUUUGUUGACCCAGAAACUAGAAAUCCGAAGAUAACUGAAGCAGAAGCAGUAGAAGCAGAAGCAGAAGAAACAGAAGCAGAAGAAACAGAAGCAGAAGAAACCGAAACAGAAGCAGAAGUAGAAGAAGAAGAAGAAGCAAAAGUGGAAGAAGCAAAAACAGAAGAAGCAGUAGCGGAAGAAGCAGAAGUAGAAGAAGCAGUAGCAGAAGAAGUAGCAGAAGAAGUAGAAGCAGAAGUAGAAGAAGCAGAAACGGAAGAAGCAGUAACAGAAGAAGCAGAAGUAGAAGAGGCAGAAGUAGAAGAAGCAGAAACAGAAGCAGAAGAUGAAGCAGAAGCAGAAGUGGGAGCAGAAUGCUUCCCAGGUGGUCCACAAUUCAGGGCAAUCAUAUGGUCCAAGACAGGUUUCAGCAUAAGAAAAAUCUGGAUAGUUGGAAAGUUGAGAAGCCUUGGGUCGAUAGGAUAG